CCCAGAGCGCAGCAGCCGAGGCCAGAGUCGCCGCGCGGGGAGCGCAACGCCCGGGGCCUGAUGGAGCGGUACAAAGCCCUGGAGCAGCUGCUGACAGAGCUGGAGGACUUCCUGAAGAUUCUCGAGCAGGAGAAGCUGAGCAGCACUGCCCUGGUGAAGAAGAGCAACCUGGCCGAACUCCUCCGGCUCUACAUCAAAACCAGUAGUGCUGAUGAGGAAUACAUUUACAUGAACAAAGUGACGCCGGUCACCAAGCAACAGAAUGUGGAGGCCCCAGACAGAGCCCCUCAGGACCCAAGCCCACUCUCCAAUGGGGAACCCGCCCAGCACUCCUCGGCACCUCAGAAGAGCCUUCCAGACCUCCCACCACCUAAGAUCGUCCCGGAACGCAAACGUCUCUCUGUUCUGAAGAUUGAUGCUCCAGAGGGCUACUAUGAAGAAGCUGAGCCCUAUGACACGUCCCUGAAUGAGGAUGGGGAGGCCGUGAGCAGCUCCUAUGAGUCGUACGAUGAGGAGGAGAGCAGCAAGGGCAAGUUGACCCCGCACCAGUGGCCCUCGCCCGAGGCCAGCAUCGAGCUCAUGCGAGACGUCCGAAUCUGUGCCUUCCUGUGGCGAAAGAAGUGGUUGGGCCAGUGGGCCAAGCAGCUGUGUGUCAUCAAGGACUCUAGGCUUAUGUGCUACAAGUCAUCCAAGGACCACAGCCCGCAGUUGGAUGUGAGCCUGCUAGGCAGCAGCGUGGUGCACAAGGAGAAGCAGGUGCGGAAGAAGGAACAUAAGCUCAAGAUCACACCCAUGAACGCCGAUGUCAUUGUGCUGGGUCUACAGAGCCGGGACCAGGCAGAACAGUGGCUCAGGGUCAUUCAGGAGGCUAGCGGCCUGCCCUUUGAGGGCAUGUCUGAAGGGAACCAGUAUACUCCAGAUGCCCCGCGCCUCAAUUGCCAGAAGCCUGACAUCACAGAGAAGUACCUGUCCAGCCCUGAGUACGGAGGCACCGCUGACGGCCACUUUGAUGUCCCAGAGACCAAAGAUGUCAAGAAGAAAAGUUCUUCUGGUCUCAAACUGAGCAACCUCAUGAACCUGGGCCGGAAGAAGUCCACUUCUCUGGAACCGCAGGAUCGCUCACUGGAGACGGCCAGUUACCUGAACGUGCUGGUGAAUGGUCAGUGGAGGUCGCGCUGGUGCUCUGUGAGGGAUAGUCACCUGCACUUCUACCAGGACCGGAACCGGAGCAAGGCGGCCCAGCAACCCCUCAGCCUGGGGGGCUGUGAGGUGGUCCCUGACCCCAGUCCCGACCACCUCUAUUCCUUUCGAAUUCUCCACAAGGGCGAAGAGAUGGCCAAGCUGGAGGCCAAGUCCUCUGAGGAGAUGGGCCACUGGCUGGGCCUCUUGCUAUCUGAGUCAGGCUCCAGGACCGACCCCGAAGAGUUCACCUAUGACUAUGUGGACGCAGACCGAGUCUCUUGUAUCGUGAGCGCAGCCAAAACCUCGCUGCUGCUGAUGCAGCGGAAGUUCUCAGAGCCCAAUGCCUACAUCGAUGGUCUGCCCAGCAGGGCCCGCCCCGAGCUGCUGUAUGAUGACGUGGAGGUGUCAGAGCUGUCAACUGUGGUGGAGCCACCCGAGGCGGCUGCCCCUGUCACAAAUGCCUGCGUGGAGAGCGAGCCAGACCGUGUGUACCUGGACCUCACACCCGUAAAGUCCUUCCUGCAUAGCACAGGGGGUGCUCAGGCCCAGGCCAGCUCCCUGCCACCGCCACCAGGCCCAGAACUCCCCACUGAGGCUGUCCCCGCAGACCAGGACCCCACCUCGGAUGAGCCCACUGGACCCCCACUAGAGACCACCUGCAGAGACACACAGGUGCAGUUUGGGGACUCCGAGCCCGGAGAUCCGCCCCUGAGAAGUGCCACCGUGAAGAUUCAGCUGGAGCCACAGAACAUCUCCUUUCCGCUGAGCUGCCCCGACGUGGCCGCUGUUGCCCCUGGCGGAACCAGCCCGGCGGUGAGGGACAGACUGAAGGUGGCCUCCACAGAGAUCAGACUUGGCAAGAACAGGACAGAAGCUGAGGUGAAGCGCUACACGGAGGAGAAGGAGCGGCUGGAGAGGAAGAAGGAGGAAAUUCGCGCGCACCUGGCGCAGCUGCGGAGGGAGAAGCGGGAGCUGAAGGAGAGUCUCUCCAGCUGUGCAGACAAGGGCGUCCUGGCCAGCCUGGAGCAGAAGCUGCGCGAGGUGGACGAGGAGUGCCGCGAGGAGGAGCGCAGGCGAGUGGACCUGGAGCUCAGCAUCGUGGACGUGAAGGACAACCUUAAGAAGGCUGAGGCGGGGCCUGUGACACUGGGCACCACCGUGGACACCAUCCACCUGGAGAGCACCAGCCCCAGACCCAAACCUGCCACCCCCUGCACCCCUGCCCUAGACAGUACCCCAGUCAACUCAGCCACAGCACUCAAGAACAGACCCCUCUCUGUCAUGGUCACAGGAAAAGGCACUGUCCUGCAGAAAGCCAAGGAAUGGGAGAAGAAAGGUGCCAGUUAGGAAAGAAACUUCCCCGAAAGCCACUGCUGUCGAGAUGGGUCUAAGCGACAAUCUUGCUUCAUCCACGUCUUCGUCCACACAGCACCUCUGACAGGCACAUCUGUCCGUUCUUCAAGAAGAAAGAGCCAGGACCGGGACGCUCUGCAUGGGAAGCUUCGACCAAGAGGGGACU